AGUCCACCAUGGCUAAAUCAGAAGUUUCUGGUAUGAAGAUGAGGAAUCUUCUUUUGGGGUUAUUCUUGGACUUCUUGCCGUUGUCCACUCUACACCUGUUGAUACCGUGACCCAGAUUCCCUCCAAAGCUGAGGAUGAAGUCAUCAGAGAGGCGGUGACGGACGGCUUCCUCGUCGAACGCCUUUUUACCCCCUCACGCACAACUGAAUCACCCAAAAGAAACACAACCGUCCCAGCAUCCCAGCAGCCGUCUGCUGACUCCAAAUACGGUGACGUGAUUGAAGGCAGUGGGGAUGAGUCCAUGACCUCCUUGUUCCACAAGUUUUUAAGCACAACUCUGAAUUCUACCUUGAGCCCUCAGUCUACGUCCCCAGACCACAUCUCAAGUUCCCAAGCUCCUGACCCCGCUUCUCCCAGUAAUAAUUUAGGGUCUACUACAUCAUCGACCUCCACGACUGCUUCCCCCGGACCAAAAGCUCCAGUAACGUUUUCAACAGGUGAAGGCUCAGGAUUAGGAUCUGGCGAAGGAUCUGGAUCAAUGAGAUUUCCAAGUAACGAAGGAUCGGGACUGGGGUCGGGCGAAAAAUCUGGAUCAGAAAUGGGGAUCACUACAGUGUCAACUACUACCAAAGAGUAUCCAGCUCUCAUGAAUGACCCCUUCGCUGAUGUCAACAAAGCAACGGCUCCAAGAAUGUUUGUAGAGAGCGACAAAUCAGAUGACGAAUCAGGAUCCGUCUCAGUUUCUACAAAAAUGACAAAAAUGAUAGAAAUGCUUCGGCCUUCAAAAGAUGAUGUCCAAGAGCCACAAAUAGGUGAAACUAGCAAUGGGGAGAUUCAGAACAAAGGUCACAGUACACCAGGUUGGAUCAUCAUCGUCGGUUUUAUCGUUGGCGUUGCAGCUCUGAUAAUGCUGUUUGUUGCCAUCGCCACCAGAGACAAGUGGAAUGGACCAAGCAAUGCUUCCCAGCUUGAGACCAAAACCAACUCCUCAAACCAGCAGAGGGAGCUAGAGAUGGAGACAUUCCUGCACACAGAAAAGCCCAAGGAGAAUGGAAAGGCGGCAGAGUACACAGUCAUCCCCCUGGAUGAGCUUCCAGAGAAUUAUUCAUCACACUGAGGCUCAGAAACACACCCUAUGGAGGCCUGAGACUCAUCGCAGAACCACGAGAACGUGUUUGAAGCAAAUGAAUUUUGAGGAACAAAUAUGUCUGAGCUGCUGAGCAAAAAGGUUUCUGUAGACUUUCCCAGCUCUGAGCCCAGUCUGCAUCAAAAUCACGGUGCAGCUUUUCCUGCUGACUCUUAAAAACUCUACCCUUAUUUUGAAAUCACAGCAAUAUUUUGUUACAUUUAUUGCAAUAUCAACUCUUGUAUUUACUAAUAAAUACAAAACUGGUCAUGUAUGAUAUGCACAAAUGCCAUUUAUUUCAAAACAAAGUCUUAACAGUGUUUUAUUUUGUGGGUUUUUUUGUAAAUAAUGUAUGUUUUUUUUUUCACAGAUCUUAUAAUGGACCCAAGACAAUGAUUCUAUGUCCAGUCUUUUUAAGUGUCUGUGUAAGGUUAUUUUAAAUAUCCUUGUAAUAAUAUUAUUGAUAACUGUGUUAUGAUUCUAAUUUAUAAUAAGCUGCUCUGUUGUUUCCCCCGCGUUCAUUAAAGAAGCUCAGAGUGCUAAACAGUGCUCAGCCCACUAACUCAUUUGUUGACAGCCUACACAGCCCUUCAGCUGCUGCGACAUGCACGCAUUGUAUGUACAUAUUCUGUAUCACAUGCCUGAGAAAUAAACACAACGGCAGCUCAUCAAUAAA